UCCAUCUCAACAUACUCAUUUCAGGCAACAUACUCAUUUCAUAGCCGGUGAAAAUUUUAUUAUUUGCUAUAAAAUAAAAUUAGGUGUUGUACAAGUGAAGCUCGCGUUAUCCUCAAUUCUCCCGAACUCUGCUCCUCUUCCCAUGCAUAUCCACUCCCUCAGCUUCAUUCUGAUCUAUUCUUCACAUAUACCCCAAUUUUGAUUCCAUUUUUUUGGCUCAUUCUUCUCUUCAUGCUUUCCUUCUUCCCUAGUUUCCCCACUGAUCAUCUCGAUCUCUCGCUUUUCUUACGUACAAAAUGAAGCUUUUCCCAAUUUCCUCUGUCUUUCUUUUAAAAAAAUAAAAAGAAAUCUUCUGAAAUACAAAAUUCUGUGGAGUUGAUGAAUUCAAAUCUUUUUGCAUGUUUUAGAAAUUAAAAUAUUUUCAUUAAACAAAUGACACUAACUUGGAAUUAAAAUUUAGUACUCCUAGUAGAUUUGAUUACAUGGACGAAAGCAAAGACGAUGGCGUGCAUGGAUGGGAUCAGAAUCCGAGUAGCACACAACCUGUUCGACAAAAUGUUCAAUCCAAAAGCCACCAGCUGAGAACAUAUACGGGGACGCACCACAAGCGUGAGCCCCACCAGCACCAGCUCCGCAAUAAUCGCAGCCUCGAUGAUCGCAUCAUUAAUCACAAUCAUAAUUAUGGUUUGCCGCAAGAGGAUUAUUUAUCAAACGAUAUUAAAGGCUCCUCUGAUUUGGUUAAUCAAAAGAUUGAAGGUAUUGGGCUGGCGGCCGAUGGUUCAGAUGAUAAGAAUCAUGCAUUGCCAUUGCCGGAGUUUGAAGGAAGUGGGGGUGGAGUUGGAAACUUUAAAGUCUCAGCUCGUGCCCCUCUUCAUCCUGCACGUCCUACUUACCUUGAGCUCAGGCCACACCCCCUCAAAGAAACCCAGGUUGGGAAAUUUUUGAGGACUAUUGCCUGUACAGCGACACAACUGUGGGCAGGACAAGAAUCUGGAGUAAGAGUGUGGAAUUUUUCAGAUCAGUAUGAGCCUGGAAUGGGAGCUGGAGGUCGUGCAAGGAGAGGGGAUGAGGAUGCAGCACCAUUUUAUGAGUCGGCUGAUAUGUCACCCACAUUAUGUUUGAUGGUUGAUUCUGGGAAUGAGUUGAUCUGGAGUGGGCAUAAGGAUGGCAAGAUUAGGUCUUGGAGAAUGGACCAUCCUAGUUCUGAUGACUCCCCUUUCAAGGAAGGCCUCUCCUGGCAGGCUCAUCGUGGUCCUAUUCUUUCAAUGGUGAUAUCUUCUUAUGGUGAUAUAUGGUCUGGGUUUGAAGGUGGUAUCUUACAAAUUUGGCCACGUGAAGCAGUAAACAAAUCUCUCUCUCUAUCACCAGAAGAAACACACAUGGCUGCUUUACUUGUGGAAAGGUCAUUUGUUGACCUUAGAAGCCAAGUUACAGUUAAUGGUGUAUGUAAUAUCUCGUCUUCUGACAUAAAGUGUCUGCUCUCUGAUCAUGUAAGAGGAAAAAUCUGGGCAGCUGGAUCUUUAUCCUUCUCGUUAUGGGAUGCACGGACUAGGGAACUCCUGAAAGUGUAUAAUAUAGACGGUCAGAUUGAGAAUGGGGUUGAUAUGUCAUCGAUGCCAGACCAAGCAGUGGAGGAUGAGAGGAAUGUCAAGCUUGUCUCCAAAUCUAAAAAAGAAAAGUCACAAGGAAGUAACUUUUUCCAGCGUUCACGCAAUGCUAUAAUGGGAGCUGCAGGUGCUGUACGUCGAGUUGCAACAAAGGGGGCAGGGGCAUUUGCAGAAGAUAAUAGGAAAAUAGAGGCCCUUGUGCUUGCAUCUGAUGGGAUGAUUUGGAGUGGAUGUUCAAAUGGCUUACUUCUGCAGUGGGAUGGAAAUGGCAAUCGUUUGCAAGAUUUUCAUCAUCAUCCUUGCGCUGUUCUAUGCUUAUGUGCUCAUGGUUCUCGAAUAUGGGUUGGCUAUGUAAGUGGUAUGGUACAGGUCCUGGACCUUGAAGGGAACUUGCUAGCUGGUUGGGUUGCUCACAACGGGCCUGUAAUAAAAAUGGCAGUCGGGGAUGACUAUGUUUUUAGCUUAGCUAAUCAUGGAGGUAUACGCGGAUGGGCCCUCGCCACUCCAGGACCUAUUGAUAACAUAUUACCAUCAGAAAUAGCUGAGAGAAGAUAUUUAUACACCAGAAAAGAUAAUUUUAGGAUUUUGGUUGGUACGUGGAACGUUGGUGAAGGAAAAGCGUCACAGGAAGCACUGGCAACUUGGCUGGGUUCUGCAAUUUCGGAUGUUGGGAUUGUAGUAAUUGGGUUGCAAGAAGUAGAAAUGGGAGCAGGUUUUCUUGCAAUGUCUGCUGCAAAAGAAACUGUAGGACUAGAAGGAACUUCUAGUGGGCAAUGGUGGCAGGAUGCAAUAGGAAAGACUUUGGACGAAGGAUCAACUUUUGAAAGGGUAGGAUCAAGGCAACUAGCUGGCUUGCUUAUUGCUAUCUGGGUGAGAAAAACUCUUAGAGCACAUGUGGGGGACCUUGACGUUGCGGCAGUUGCAUGUGGUUUAGGACGUGCAAUUGGUAAUAAGGGUGGAGUUGGUCUGCGGUUAAGAGUACUUGAUCGGAUUAUGUGCUUUGUGAACUGUCACUUUGCAGCACAUUUAGAAGCAGUCAACCGCCGCAAUGCUGAUUUUGACCAUAUAUAUAGAACAAUGGCUUUCACUCGAUCUUCUAACCUUCUUGACAAUGCUGCUGGUAUGCUGCGAUACCUGUUUUUGACUUGCUCUCUUGUCUUCUCCACAUAUUUACUGUGGCUGCUUUACUCUUCUGGCCUGCCAUGGAUCCUCUCUCUUGCAGCUGGUGUUUCAUCUGCUGCUCAAAUGCUUCGUGAUACAGAUGCUGCAGCAAUUAGUCCUAACGAGGGAAAGCCUGACCUUGCUGAAGCUGAUAUGGUGAUUUUCUGUGGUGAUCUUAAUUAUCGUCUUUUUGGAAUAUCUUAUGACGAAGCAAGGGACUUUGUCUCGCAAAGAUGCUUUGAAUGGCUUAGAGAGAAAGAUCAAUUAAGGGCAGAAAUGAAAGCUGGCAAAGUCUUCCAAGGGAUGCGUGAAGCAAUCAUCAAAUUUCCUCCAACUUACAAAUUUGAAAAGGGGAAACCAGGAUUAGGAGGAUAUGAUUCUGGGGAGAAGAAACGAAUUCCAGCUUGGUGUGACCGAGUGCUAUAUCGAGAUAGCCGGGCAGCUCCUUCUAUGGAGUGCAGUUUAUGGUGCCCUGUAGUUGCUUCCGUCUUACAGUAUGAUGCUUGCAUGGAAGUGACCGAAAGUGAUCAUAAGCCCGUAAGAUGCAAAUUUAACAUUGAAGUUGCCCAUGUUGAUAGAUCAGUAAGGAGACAAGAGUUUGGGAAGAUUUUCCGGUAUAAUGAUAAAAUCAGGUCUUUACUGGCAGAACUGCGUUAUUUACCUGAAGUAGUUGUCAGCGCCACCCAGAUAUUUCUUCAGAAUCAAGAAGCAUUCAGCUUAAUAAUUACCAACAAAAGCAGACAAGAUAAUGCUUUCUUCCAAAUCACUUGCCAAGGUCAAUCAGCUAUCAACGAGGACAAGCAAAAAUCAGAGAAUCGUCCCAAAGGUUCUUUUGGCUUUCCCCGUUGGCUUGAGGUCACACCUGCGGCUGGAAUGAUCAAAUCUGAUCAAGAUGUCGAGAUCUUGGUACGUCAAGAAGAGUUACAUAAUUCAGAAGAUUCUGCAGAUGGUAUUCCACCAAGCAAAUGGUCUGAGGACACAAGAGAAAAGGAGGUGAUUUUGAUGAUCAAUGUGAAAGCCAGUUGCUCGACUGAGGUAAGAACACAUCAGGUACACCUCCGCUGCAGUUUCUCAGCUAAUGCAGUAUGCAUGAUUUCAAGAAGCAGUUCCAGAGGAAAUGAAGGGAGCUCCCACCAAAGGUCAAACAGUUCCAGAAGAAAUGAAGGGAGCUCUCACCACAGGUCAAACGGCUCCAAAAGAAAUGAAGGGAGCUCGCACCACAAGUCAAACAGUUCCAGAAGAAAUGAGGGGAGCUCCCACCACAGGUCUGUUCAACAUGUGGGGAGUGCAUCUGACAUGAUGAAUGACCAUCAAGGCUUUCAUCGUACCUGAUAUCUGCAUGAAAGCCUAUAAACAAAAACAAAACAAUUGCACCACAAGGUGGUUCCAAGCUAUUUUCUUUGAUGUAAAAGGUUGGGAUUCCCUUUGCUGACAAUAAGUGAUAAAUCUUGAUGUAUAUACUCAUAAGAUGAUUAGUGUGGAGCUUGGUAUCCAGCUCAGAAAUCUGGGCAUAGAGUAUUCUUUCCCUCUUCCAUUUUUGCAGUAGAACUAGGUUCCUAGAUUUUUUAUUGUUAAUAUUAUCUCAACAUUAUAUGAUAAAUUUUGCAGUUUUGAUCA